AUGGCGGAAAAGAAAAAUCAAUGCGAAGUAGACGACAACGAAUACAGCAAUUUGGUUGCGAAAAACAAUGGCUCUUCUCAACAGAACCAAGCUGAAGACUAUAGUAAUUACGACAUCGUACGGGCGACCCAGUACGGCGCUUAUAAACGGUGCCAUGAGCUGAUAGAGGGUGGCUACGAUGUCAACACUUUGGACAAGGAAAACGUCAGCCUUUUACAUUGGGCGGCGAUUAACAAUCGGGCUGAGAUUGUCAAAUAUUACCUGGAGAAAGGGGCCAUUGUGGACAGAUUUGGUGGUGAUUUAAAUUCUACACCCUUGCAUUGGGCUACAAGGCAAGGUCAUUUAUCAAUGGUAGUCAUACUGAUGAAUUAUGGGGCCGAUGCUUCCCUCACCGAUGGAGAAGGUGACCACGAUCCCGCUCGCUUGCUGCUGACAUUUGGGGCUUCUGUAAACUAUGCUGACAGGUGCAAGAAGAACAGCCCCCUGCACUGGGCCUGCCAGUAUGGGAACCAAGUGGUGAUCAAGAUUUUGGUCGAGGCAGGAGCCAACACUGAAGCUUUGAAUGCUAAGGGUGAAACUGCUCUGGACAUUGCUCUGUCCCUGAAAAACAGCUCAGUAAUCCGCUGGCUGCGGACCGCACGAGCAGAGCGAGGCAUUGGACACAAGCAUUGUUUACAAGUUCUUACUUCAAAGAAGUCUGUGCGUACCAACGUGAUGAGUAUAUUCCCGUUUGUCGCUGUCUUCGUCCUGGGUUACAUCCCUGAACUCUCCCUCAGGUGGUACUACAAGCUGCUUCUUUACCUUCUCGCUGCUGGGGUCGCAAAGUUAACUAUAGAGUUAUUUUUUGACAACAACGUAAGUGUGGUUGUCCCGAAGUAUGUCUCCCUUGCUACAGUAUUCUGGUUAUACACAACAUGGUUUAUUUGUCUGCUGCCUUAUCAUUCCGCAAGCACUGCCCCCUUCAUAUUUGCUCUGCUUUCUUCUGCGAUGUUUUAUAAUUUAUGGAAAAGCUGGCGUUCCGAUCCUGGAUUCAUAUCAGCCACAAGAGAUGAAAAAUUCCAGACAAUUCUAGAGUUUGCUGAGCUUCAGUCUAUCAGCAUGAACCAGUUCUGUAGUACGUGUGUUGUGAAGAGGCCGAUUCGAUCAAAACACUGUUCUGUCUGUAACAAAUGUGUAGCCAAAAUGGACCACCACUGUCCAUGGAUAAAUAACUGCGUAGAUUGGGCACACAACUGUCCGUUGGAUUUCUACGUAGAUGGAAUAACAGGGAUUUUUUCGAAAAUCUUCACCACUUCACCAUGGAUUGGUUGGACAGCAAUCAAUGCUGCUGGUCACACCAUUUGGGUCACACCUGUCUUAAUUUGUCAGUUAUAUCAGAUCACAUGGCUUGGCAUGACGACCAAUGAACGUGUGAACAUGACUCGUUACAAACAUUUCCAGUACAGCAAACAGGAGAAUGGUAAAAUAGAGUACAGAAGUCCUUUCCAGUAAGUUCCAUUUGUAACAUCCAAUUUAACUCCGUCUCCUCCCUGUUUUGACCUACUCCACCUCCUCCUCCCUGACCUACGCAAUAAAAUGUAUAUAUAUAUGCACACA